AUGCUCGCGCGCGCCUCUCGCGGAUUCACGCGCGCGCACCUCUGCGGUGCCGCGCGAUCGGCGCUCUCGAGCGUCGCGCGCGCGCGUGACGUCGACGCGCGCGCGCCGCCGGUUCGACGCGAGCGGUGUUUCACGAAAACGCGUCGUCGCGUCGCGCGCAAGCGCUCGAUCGUCACGAACGCGAGCUCGGAUGGAACCCCGAUUGUUCUUCUCGGAAGUGGUGUUCUGGAAAACGGCGUCGCGCGUCACGUCGAUGCGAAGACGUUGGUGUUGGGCAUCGAGACGUCGUGCGACGACACAGCCGCCGCCGUCGUGCGAGGCGACGGCGUCGUCCUGGGUGAGGCGAUCGCGUCACAGGCGGCGAUACACGGGCCGUGGGGUGGGGUGGUGCCGAAUUUAGCGCGCGCGGCGCACGAGGAGGCGAUCGACGACGUGGUGUCGCGGGCGCUCGCGGAGGCUGGGGUGGAGGCGAGCGCGCUGAGCGCCGUGGCGGUGACGUGCGGACCGGGUUUGUCGAUGUGCCUGCGAGUCGGGGUGCGAAAGGCGCAAAAAAUGAGCGCGGAGUAUGGGAUACCGAUAGCGCCCGUGCAUCACGUCGAGGCGCACGCGUUGGUUUCGAGGCUGUGCGCGGGGACGGAGACGGUGAAAUUUCCAUUUUUGGCACUCCUCGUGAGCGGCGGGCACAAUUUAUUGAUCAAGGCUCGGGGCGUUGGGGAUUACACAAUUUUAGGAACGACUUUAGACGACGCCCUGGGCGAAGCGUACGAUAAAACAGCGCGUCUGUUGGGGCUUCCCGUGGGCGGAGGCGGGGGCCCAGCGCUGGAGAAGCUCGCGCUGGAGGGAGACGAGAAGCGCUUCAAAUUUCCCGUGCCGCUUCGUCAGAAGAAGAACUGCGACUUUUCGUACGCUGGGUUGAAAACAGCGGCUCGGAUGGCGAUCGAGACCGAGAUCGGCGGAGAGGACGUCGAGUGGGAUGGGGUGGACAAACGGCAGACGCGCGCAGACAUCGCCGCAAGUUUCCAGGCCAAAGCCGUGCGACAUCUCGAAGAUCGCAUGCGUCGUGCCCUGGAGUGGGCGCUCGAGGACACCCCGGAGUUGACAUCUGUCGUCGUCGCAGGCGGCGUCGCAGCGAAUGCCACCGUUCGAUCGACCCUGGUCAAGGUUGUUGACGAAGCUGGACUUCCGCUCAUUUUCCCGCCGCCUCGAUGGUGUACCGAUAAUGGUGUCAUGGUCGCCUGGACCGGGUGCGAGCGCCUCGCUCUCGGUCUCGCCGAGGCCCCAGUGGAUGCCGCGCUCGAGGCGAAGCACGCGACGAUGGAUCCGCGAGACGUGCACGUAAAUCUACUUCCCCGUUGGCCACUCGGCGAGAAGGAUCCGCGAGCGACCGGCUCGACGAAGAGUGCAAAGACCGCGCGCAUCGCCGACCCACUCACCGGUGCCAACUCUAACGUCGAAGGUCUCAAAGUCUCAGGCAUUGUGGGCCAGCGGUGA